AUUUUCCAAAUCAAAAUUAUGCGAUGUAAAAGCAAACCCAAAAUGAACGAAGACGAAGCCGCGUGCACCAGUAAAUUAGGGAACGAGCCGCCCAAGCCCGAGUUCGAUGGUCUCGUGAUCGGUGAGGAUUUGGCGAAGCGGCUGCAAACAGGUAAAAUCGAUGAGGAGCGAAACGUGAAUUACGAUAAUUACUGGGACGAGAAGCUGUCUUGCAUGGACCACGCUCACACGGAUCGCCUCAGUCUGACCAUUGACGACGCUGAGGCGUGCAUCAAAAAUAUCCAGAAGUACUUGAGAAUGACGGAGCCGAAGACUUCUCCCAUCAAUUAUAAUAAAGUGGCAAACUGCGUAGAAAUGAAUAAGGGCCAAGUGCUGGCGUGCAGCGACGAAGUCCAGAAUUUUAUCAGUACUGUCGAUAAAUUGCAAUUUCAGCUCGUGCGGAUAAAUCCGGAAGAAAUAUUCAAGCCGAAUAGGAAAAUGUCUUAUGCGGAGAAAUUCAACCGUAAAUACUGAUCUACAAUUGCCCUCAAGGGCAUUAUUUACCACUGAAAUAAUUCCGUCGAAAUGAA